AUGAAAGGUGGUUUAAAAAAAAACGGAAAUAUGGAAAAUUUUAGUAAUGCAGGUAGUAAUGACUUAUUAGAAAAGAUUUUGGAGUUAACUAAGAAUGGGUAUGAUUAUGAAGAGGUUGAUGGAGGGGUUGAGCUCCGAUUUUUCUAUUUGAAUGAUUUAGAUGGAGGCAUUACUUUAGAAAAAGGCAAUGCCUAUAUUAAUAACCUAUUUACAAAGUUCAUAGAGCUGGGAAUUUUUGAAUAUAAUUGGGAUACAGUUCCGUUUUCUCUUGAACUGGAUAAGGUUGAAGGUGUGGAUUGCGUGAAGUGUUGGUUAAAUUUGAGUACUUAUCAUCUGGAUGAAUGGUACACUAUAUAUCUUUGCUACAAGGUAACAGAGAAUAUAGAGAAUCUAGCAGUCCAAGCAGUAAACAGUGAUGGAGAUCCAAUUUUAAUAGACUUGGCAGACAUUUUACCAGUUUGGAUGAAACCAAAUAAUUCAGAAAAUCGGUGUUUUUUAGUAAAUGGGAAGGUUUAUCUAAUUCCACCAGAGUUAUUGGAUAACGAGAGAGAAAUUUUGUCUCUAAAAUCUGCUCUUGAUAUAAUAAAGUUUCGGGUUAGUCGUUGUUAUACUAAGGAAUCCUUUACAAACGUUUUCAUGGAAAAGUUUGAAUCCAUUUCAAAAAUUAAUCAACAGGAGAAAUCUCAUAAUUUCUAUGUAAUAUUGCCAAGAAGGAUAGCUGAGAUGGUUUUGGAGUUCCAUUACUUAUUGGUGAUCUCACUUAAGUAUCUUUUGUACAACAGAUGCGAGUCUUCAGAAGUGAGGGUUUUGGAGAAAAAACACAGUUCUGACAAAGGAUUGAACUUAUUUUUGCCAAAAGACCUAAUUAGAAUAAAGAUUUGUAUGACAAGAACUCAAUAUUCAAGAUUUAUCAACGAGGCUCUCUUUACGAUGCUUCCUUCAAAGUUUUCAAGGAAUAGCUGGAUAAACCAUCUCCCAGAAAAUCUUCAAAAUAAGAAAUUCCACUCAGAACUUUUACAUGGGUGUCUUUUGACAUAUGGUAUUUACUUGGCAUAUUUAAUAAAUCCAAGUAAUUCUUUGGGUUUAUUCAUCUGGAAAUUCACCAAUACAGACUAUUUCAAACUAAGGGAAAAAACUGAUUUUCAAACUAUAAUUAAAGAUUCUCUGGAGCUUAUGAAAGACCUCAAAUCUCAAAAUAAUGAUGAUUUUCGUACAUUAUGGAUACAUUUAACAGAUAAUUUAAAACAUUUAAAAACUGUUUUACCUUCUAAAGAUGGUGGAGAAGAUGGCCAGUGUGAUUCCACUUCUUGGAUGAACAAUGAAGAAUACUCCAAAAAGCUUAUUGAAGAUAUCCAAAAGAUUUACUCAGAAAACUCCCAAUCUUUUCAAAAAAGAAAUAUCAAUUUCACAGACAUUUUAGAAGAAAAUUCAUAUUUUGAUGGCAUCGAGUUAAAUUUUGAUGGCUCUCAUUCCACUCCAGAUUAUCACAAUGCAGAUUUCAGUGACCUAAGCCUAGAGAGCGACUUAAGUGAACAUGAUUUUGAAGAACUAGAUGAGAUCAUGAGAAAAAUGGAUGAUGAACUCAAAAGAACUCUCAAAACAUCUAUUCCUACUUUAAACGAUAACAAAGAAGCAAGGAGGUUCGCUGAAAACACAUAUUCUAAUGCUUUAAAACUAGAAGAAACAUUUGGCAUUGUUGGACCUGCGACUGUAUUCAACAAAAUACAAAAGUAA